AUGCCUUUUAUUUCUUCCUAUAAACGACCAGAACAACCGCAAUGUGAAAACUUUUCAAAAAGAUCGUGGGAUGAAAUUGAAGAAACACAAGACGAACAACUUACUUCUAGGCCACCUCUAAAAGAACUUCCACAAAAUGAAGUCGCAAUCAAGAAAACUAAACAAGAACCAAACUACAAGAACGAAUUAUACUAUGGAUAUUUUUUGAAUUCUGACAGAUGGAGUCUUCUAAACUUUUUAAAACACUUGAAAAAUAAGGGAGAAUUAACAAACCGGGAUUAUGAUCACCGUUUAUAUCGUACAUUACUUCAACAAAUUGAUUUAGAUCCCGAUGUGUGGCAACAAAGGGCAAAAUUUUGCAACAAAGUCUGUCGUGACGUUGGUAUCACUAUAAAAGGAACGAAGGCCAUUCUAGUGCGAGAGAAAUCUUGA